GGCUGCCUGCAAUCCAACAUGGAGUAGAGGAGAGAUGGGGCUCUAGCGGGGCCACCCCUCGGUAACAACAGCGACGACGCGCUUUUUUACGCACAACUGGAACCGGAGUCGUCGGUGAAAACAUGCGCCUUAGGACUUAAAAACGGAGUGUGUGCCUUGUGUGUGUGCGUGCGUGCGUGUGUGUGUGUUUGGGGAAGGGGGGGGGGGGAGCGAAGAGAAGAGCUGGAUUCGGCUACUAAAUUGUCUGUAUAUUCUACGUUACCUACUGAAGGCGAUGGGGGUGUUAAAGUUAUAGAAAAGGGGCAUUUGCGAUCCAGAAGAAACUGUGUGGCUCCGGGGGAGAAAAGUGAGGAAAAAGAAGACGGAGACACAGCCGUUCGAAGGAAAGCCAAAGAGCCGACACUCGCACAAAGGCGCAGGGGGGAUUUAUGCGGAAUUGGAGACAGAAUCGGAGGAGCCGCGGUGAAAGAAUGACGAGCGAAAAGUAUGCAACCGCCGUGGUACAUUACCUGAGGUGAAACGAGAAAAUGAUAGAAGAAACACACCCAAACGAUGACAGCUACAUCGUGCGUGUGAAAGCGGUGGUGAUGACGCGGGACGACUCGAGCGGCGGCUGGCUGGCCCAGGACGGGGGCGCUCUGAGCAGGGUCGGGGUGUGCCGCCUCCUUCCUCCAGAGCUGGCGCCUGCACCGACCUCCAGCAGGUCCCAGUUCAUUAUCCGUGGUGAGCGGGUGCGGGACAAACAGGUGAUCCUGGACUGUCCUCUGAAGAAGGACCUUGUGUACACCAUUGCAACGCCCACGUUUCACCAUUGGAAGGUGGAGGACAGGAAGUGUGGCCUGUCCUUCCAGGGUCCAGCUGAUGCCCGAGCGUUUGACAGAGGGGUACGGAAAGCUAUCGAAGACCUGGCUGAAGGCUCCACAACCUCCUCUACAGCACUCCAGAACGAGGGCGAGCUGGGUGACGACGACGUCUUCACUAACACCACGGACAGCUCAUCCAACUCCUCCCAAAAGCUGGAGAGCUCUCUGCAGCCGCUCGAGUCCUCGCCCCUUCCGCAGAGACACAAGUGCAUGCUGGGACAUCGCUUCGACCUCCACGACCCCUACCGGCUCUCAGACCACUACUUUUUGGACCAGCCGUCUCGGCUUCCCCGCCAUGUCACCUUCCAGGAGGACGAGGAAAUCGUCCGCAUCAAUCCCCGGGAGCGCAGCUGGGAGCGAACUACCGAGCGCCACUACGGACGUCAGUCAGAUCGAUCCUGGCUCACGGGCUACGAGGACUACCGCCACGCAACCGUGCGUGACAAGUUCAUCCAAAUGGAUGAGUCUGAGUCCUACGUCCAUUUUGCCAAGACGGAGGCGCAGAAGCACGACUACACCUACCCCCUGUCUCCGUCCCUGUCGCCCUCAGACUCUGACCCCGCCCUCGGACCCUUGGUCAAUAAGGGCCACGGCGGCUCGUACCGCCAGUGCUUUUCCUCUGUGGUCUCGUCCCAGCCCCGCUCCUUUCUCCCGAGCUCCUCACCGUCGACCAAUGGUGGGAAGGGGCGGAAGGAGGACGGGAUGGAGCGUGCUCAGUGUGAGCACUGUGGCGAGGCCUUUUAUGUCUCUGAAAACCGGAGAGGCAGGUGCCACGACGCGCCGGACCCUGUGCGGGCGUGCAUCCGGCGGGUCAGCUGCAUGUGGCUGGCAGACACCAUGCUCUACCACUGCAUGUCCGACCCAGAGGGGGACUACUCUGACCCAUGCUCCUGUGAAGGAGGCGAGGGCAGCGGGGGAGGCCGGCUCGGCUCACGCUGGUUAGCUCUGCUCGGCUUGUCUCUGGUGGCGCCCUGCCUCUGCCUCUACCCACCUCUCCACGCUUGCCACCGGGCGGGGCUCAGGUGUGGCUGCUGCGGGGGCCGACACAAAGCCCUGAGCUGAGCGGAAACCUCUCGGAGGAAAAACGACACAAAAACCCAACGCAAGCACAGGGAAAGGGAAGGAUGAGGAAAUACACAGGGGGACAAGUGGCUGCUCACUCUCUUGCCUUGGUUUCUCUGGGAUUCUCUACAAAUUCCAGACACUGAAAUAAGCCAAAAAAAAACAGUUGGUGCAUUUUCUGAACAGCCUGGGAAGAUAAGCUCCCCCUUACGGCAGACAGUUCUCUCAGCUCUCCACGUGGCCAUUUCAUGCUCUGUUUCUAGUGAGAGAGCACUCUUUUUCAGGGGGCCUUUUUUUAUAGCUGACCUAUAUGUCAUGUAUCACAUAUGCAGGUACUUUAUACUUUGUACACUGACUUGGCGUCAAAGAACUUGAAUUGUUUCUUUGUUCUAUUUUUUUUCUCUCCUUUUGAUGUACGCGUGGCCAUUUUGUUUAUAUUCUAUUCCAAUAUCAGGCCCGCUCAGCUCAACUCCAGCUACAAGAGAAAUCAGACACUACACCUCUUUGCGUGUGUGUGAGAGUAUGUGUGUAUGUGUGUGGAUGGUACAUGUGCAUGCUUACAAAGUGCGCCGAGGCAUUUUGUUGUCUGUACUGCAGUUUAUAGUAAAGUUCAUGUGUAUAGUCUACAUAGCUCUCCACCACCGACAUCUUCUCUGUUCACUGAGACAAACGUGGUACUCAUGUUAAUCUUCUAUUAUCCCAAAGAUUCAUGUUUUUAUCCUAUUUAUUUUCUCACUGAAUUGAUCUACCAGCAAAAAGGGUGCUGGGUUUGUGAUUCACUCACUGAAUGAGGCGAUGCUCGAGCACCCGUCUCCCUGCUCCUUUCACGUUGUUUCAAACAGUGCCUAAACUACCACCUAAAACCAGGAACCCAUCCAGUUAUAAUUCCAGUCAGUUUUUUGGCUCAUUUUACUUAACAUACACUCAAAAGUGGCGUGAGAUUUUAAGGCUCUGAUUUCCUCAUCCCCUGAAGAACCUCAGUCAGCAGUCAGUCAAUCAGAGAUACUGUAAAACUUGGUGCCCGUUAUGCCUUAAAAUGUGGAGUCUAGCUCCAACCCCCCCCCCACUAACUAUUUUUGUAUGAAAAAUAACUCUAAAAAAUAAGUGUGUAAACUAAGGACUCCGGUUUGCUUGCGAUGUACAAUCAGCUCCCCUCUUUAAGCCCAGUCCUCAAACCAAGCCCACCAGUCACAUGUGUGCAGCAUUAAAGUCCCAACUGAUGGUUCAACAAGUUAUAUUAGUUAAAUAUGGUGCUAAUCAUAAUAUCCCCUCCAAAACAUACGUUCCAAAAACAAAUAUAGGAAUUCAAAUCUCCUUACUUUUUGAAAGUAUUAUAAAAACAAGUUUUUCCCUAAAACAAUAUUAAUUACUUUUGGAAGUUUUAUUUCACACCUAUUUAUAAAAUAUGAGCCUGUAUGUAAAGUUAUAAGAGGAAUAAUUUGAUACUUAGGAAGUAUGUGUCUUUGCCUUCUUGUCACGUUUUAGACACCAGGGUCAUCUCUGUGAGGUGGAUAGCUUAGUUUAGCAUAAACACUGUAAACAGAGGGAAACGGCUAGCUUAACACAAUCACACAAGUUAACACAAUCCACCUACUGGUAGCUCUAAAGCUCACUAACUGAUAUGUUAUAUCUCAUUUGUUUAAUCUGACCGAAAUGCAAAAAAAACAAGGACUUUUUCUUCACAAUACGCAGUAACUCCACUGGUUAGAAAUUGCUGAAUUGUGAUAAUACAAAAUGGGCUGUCAACAAAUAUUCUAAAUUUGAAUGUAUACUCAAAUUGCCAAAAAAACAGUAUGCCAUUAGCAACAUGUGCUACGAUAAGCACAACAAACAGUCAGUGACAUUGAGACAUGCAAAAAUGAAAUGACGGAGCUGAAAGUUCCACCUGCAGAUUCCCAGUCAGCUACAAUAGCAACAGAAAAAGAGUCAUAUAUAAGACAGGGAUGGAGUUGCUCCACCUUUGUAGUCUAAUGGAAGUCAACUGGAACCACAUCAAACAUGCAAACACAACCUGGAGCUUUCCUCCCCCUCCUGCUUUCAUGCAGACUAUGACAGAGCGAUUCAGAGAGACAAAUGGAAAGGUCUACGGUCUUUAAAUUAAGUUUUAUGUUAAAGGGUAUUAUUUUAUUUGUUUAUUUUGUAAUAUGUAGAUCUUUUAAAAGACAUGUUUAUGUUUAAAUAAAUAUACCUUUACAAGUAGUUAUGUCUCGUUGUAUUGGUUUGCCCUUCUUUUGACAUAAUGCACAGAAAUCACUAUUCAAAUAGUUCUAACCGAGAAAGCAAAUACAAGUAUUUACAAAAAUGUCAACCUACUCCCUUAAGGCAAAAUAUGUAUUUUUCUAUAAAUACAAAAUUAAUAUGUGAAACAACUUGCUGAAACCUCAGUAACAUGUGACUCGUGGGCGCUAUUCUUCAGUUGUACAGCUUAUUUUUUUUCCUCCACCAUCGUGUCCUGAAAGAGUAACAAGCUUCACUAAGAACAAAAUGUAUGUUUAUUCAGGGUCAUAGUGUGUGUGUUGAUGUACCAACUCAGGUAUUGGAGGAAAACAAAAAACGCCGUCCAACCUGCCCGUGUCACCUGCUGUGUGAGUGACACUACCGGUCAAUAACACCCUCACGCUGACAGCCCUACACUUAACUGACAAUGGCUUGGGUGCUUUUUGCUUCGUCUCAGCCUGGUUGAUGGCGGCAUUAGGGGGCUGUGACUGGGAACACAAUAAGCUUUUAAGAAUUAAACGACAACAAAAAAGAAGCAGGACAUCAGUCAGGUCCCUUUGGAAAAGAACGGGAGUCUGAAAAAACAGCUGAAAUGCUGGAAACAAACAUCCACCCCUGAUUGUUUUGCCAAGGAAAUGUCACUUACUGUAGUUGAAAUACAGAAUGCCUGAGGAUGUCCUUUUUCCCUCCCUGGUUGUGUCUGUUUCAUACAUCCUGUCCUGUGUACCAGUUUGUUCGUCCUUGGUGGGUGGGUGUGAGUGUGUGUGUGUGUGUGUGUGUGUGUGUUUAUCCCACAUCCCUUUCCCCUCUCCUGCUCCACCAUCCAAAGCUACUGGGAUCAGCUGAAUAUGCUGUCACAUAAAACACCUCUCCAGUAUAAUCAGAUCCUUCGAUGAGGGACGGGAACAAUCAGAUUGGAAAGAGUGUGUGUUUGUGUGUGUGUUUAAACUUUUUCUUCUCCGUUUCGUCUGUUCUCACAUGUCAGAGCCAUUUACAAAGUGCCUGAACGCAUCCUCUUUAUCUCCUUGUGUAUUUAAAUUGAUAAAAAAAUUAAUGAAACGACUCCCUGUAAUGAAUUAGACCCAUUUUUUACGCUUAGUAUUUUUACCUCUGUAAAAAAAAAAGAGCAAAAAUUAUAUUAUAUAUAUCAAGUGUAUGUUGUACAUUUUUAUUUCUAUUUUGUUUUUUAAAUAACUGUUUCUAACAUGUACGAUGGAUGUAGCUCUUGCUUUCGAGAAGGAACAGGAAGUACUUUGUAGAUACUGAAGGGUGGCCAGGUCUGUGAGAAAACUAAAGUGAAAUGUGUGUCUUACCUUCCGCCUCCAAUAAAAUGAGAGAAAACAAUGAAACCA